CGCGCCAUAUUGAAUCCGACGUCCGCGCGCGCGUGUGUGUGUGUGUGUGUGUUAAUUUUCGCGUAUCCGGCCAUUACCCGCGGGCCGUCCGUGCGUGUGUACACAGUGCCGAUUAUUUUAUAAUUUUUUUUUUUUUUCUGUUCCCCGCCGUCGUACCGAAAUAUCGAAACGUUCUUUUUCAAAUUUCUCACGCUGAAACGUUCAGUUUUCUCGAUUAUUAAUUAUUAUUGUUUAUUUAUUUCACCCCUUCGCGCGUACGUAACUCGCGGCCACCGGUGGCGGUCCGAGCUCCGAGCUCUCUCGUCGGCGGAAAGCGACGUUGAUUAACAACGGCGACGCGGUGGCGGUAGUCGUCGGACGACGAGCUUCGUUUUUUACCCGUUUUCGACCGACGGCCGAACGGAAUUGUCGCCGCGUCGUUAAUCGACCCGUUCUGUCCGUCGCGCGUGCCCGAGAAAAAUAACAAUAAUAAUAAAUAAUAACAAUACGCGCGCACGUAACGCCGGCCGGUGGUCGGUCGUCGGUAACUUUUUUCGCGGCCGGGUCGAGUGGUCGUCCGGAUGACCGCGGCCGCCGCGUAUUCGUCGCCGACACCGUUGCGGUCCGUUCGACGGCCGCGCGAUUCGCUAUUGCACGACCGCACGAUGGCCGAUGACGGCCUGGCAACUAACUGCAAUAAUAAUGAUAAUAAUAAUAAUAAAUAAUAAUACGCCGCCGCCGUUACCGCUGUUAUCAAUCGGUCGUUACAGUGUUGUUGUGAUGUCGGAAUCACAUUUUGCCGUGUAACGCCGCCGCCGGACACAGUAAUCGAAAAACGGAUUACGGAUAAUAUCACCGUCGUCGUCGUCUUUUGUUUCCGCAGCAGCCGUCGGCCGCCACCGCCGCAGUCGCCUCACCGCGGAUAAAACUUACUGCGUAAGUACCUACACGGCCGUCGUCGCUUAUUUACUGCUACUUGUAGCCACUUUUUUUUUUUUUUUUUUCCCUUGCAUUUCCCUACUCGUUUUAGUGACAUUUUGCGUUUAUUUUUUUUUCUUUCUUCAUAAACGUUAAUUGUCGAAAAAACCGAUUGAACCCGCCCGGUUGUUUCCGCUUUUGCACAGUGUCGUCGAUAUUAUUGUUAUUCGUAUUCAGUGUUACAUAGUCGGUGUGUGCGUGUGUACGACGACCGUGUAUACUUUGUGCGUGUGCGCGCGCGCGUGUGUGUGUGUGUCCGUGUGUUUCCAUGUGUGUGUGUGUGCGCGCGCGCUUGUAAAAGAAACUUGACGGCGAGAAGUCUUGUAUUAUUAUUAUGUAUCGAAUUAUCGUUGCCGCGUAUGUCGUUUUUUAAUCACCUUGACACGAAUACACGUUUUGGCGGAAUAAAUAACGCGACGGACACCGGCGGUCAGCCGUUCGCAUUUUCCUCCGGUAGGUACCUAUAGUAGUUUUCGUCGCGUACGCAACACGGGUUUUUCGGAAUUUCCCCGUUUACCUACGCCGCCGCCGUCGUCGCGCUGGCGAUUUUUCGUUUCGUACUCGCCGCGUACCUAUAACGGCAGUACAACAUUAUUAUCCAUACCCGCGGCCGUACACCGAGUACCUAUGGUUAUGCCCGUCUCUUAAAAAAAGUUUCGGGUCCGUUUCGAGUAUGUAACGACCGUGCCAAAGCCUACAGGUGUAGGUUGCCCCGACAGCCGGCACGACGUCGACCGCGGUCCGUAAAAUUGCUCUCGGCUCGUGUUGUGGUCCGCGGGGUACGUCAGUAUAUUUUAGUGUUACGACAAUAUCUUUAAUCGCGACGUCAAGUCGAAAGUUCCGCGAAAGUAGAACGCACGAAACGUUGUAAUAUUGGGAUUUGCCUAGGUCAUUGUUAUUGAAAUGAUUCGAAUUAGUAACCAGUAUUUGCUCCAAUCAUUUUAUGCACUUGUAAUGUUGAUAUUUAUGUAAACAACAAUAAUAAUAAUAUUAAAUACUACCUACCUGUUAGGAAACGAGAAUUUGUUAUUUUUAGUUUUUUUCUUUAGUUAUUAAAUAAACCGAGUUUAACCGUAUGCACCUUCAGUGUUUCGUUUAUUUAUUUAUGUAGAUAUCGAAAAUUUUGUAGGUAAAAAGGAAGUCUUAUAUUAUCAACUAUUGUGUUUUUACUUGUAGCUCAAAACACCUUAAAUCAAACAAGUUUUUUAUCAAUAGUAUAAUCUAAGUUUUAUGAACUUUCACUACCUACCUUGAUCAUAUGGUGGCUGUUUCAAGUGAUUGUAGGCACCUACUUACCAAUUAUUCGGGUACCUCUAUAUUUUUUAAAUUACCUACUUAAUUGAUACUAAUUAGGUGUAUUUAUCUAAAUAAUAUUUUUAAACAUUUUCUGAUUUCUACCUAGUUAAAAUUUAUAAUUACCUACUUAUGGUUGACUGCUAAGAUAUAAUAUACUAUUUAAAUAUACAAAUACAUAGGUAACUUCAUACCUAUAUAGAGUAGGUAGGUACUUCGUAUUUAGUUUUGGAUUAUUUUAUACAUAACAUUACAUAUAAGGAUAUUAUUUCUUUGAAUUGUUAAUUCAAAAAUGAGUAAACAUAUUUUUAUAAUUUACUAACUUAAUAUUGAAUGAUUUACAUUUAGCUGUCAUAAUUUUGGUUUUUAUGAAAGUUGAAAUUUAAAUCAUUUGGAUACUUGUGUUCUUUAUUGGUAAAAUAUUUAUUUUACUCUUAUUCUAAGAUUAAUUAUCUAAGUAAAAUACUUAGUAAAUUUGUGCACUUGAUGUUUAAACUCUCCUUUUUUUAUCAUUCUUUAUUAUGUAUUGCAAUGUUAAAUAUAAUUAGGUAUUUAAAGGUUCCUAAUUAAUAUUAAAUUAAUUAAUUUGUGUUUUAUUUUAUGUUCAAAUUGAAUUAUGAUCAUUUUAAUAAUUGCUUUAGCUGUGUUCUACUAAAAUUUACAUUGCAUAGGUAGGUGCUUAUUAUACAGAAUAUGUUAUUUUUCGUAUGGAUCUUCUUAUCUAUUUUAUGUAUUUAAAUGCUUAUUAGAAAAUUAAAAACUAAAUUUGAACACGCCUGUGUUUUCUUUUUGUAAAUUUGAAUAGGUUCAUAUUAUUCUUAUAUUAGUAUUUUAUAAUAUAUACUAUAGUAUAUAAUAAUUCUGGACUUAAAUAAAUGUAGGUAUCUCUUAUAUAUUUGUGGAAAUUGUACAAUAUUAUUUAAUCAUGUCGGGAAUCACAUUUAUAUCAGGAAUGCUGUCUUACUUUGAUUUGAAAUUGUACAGGUACAAAUUAAUCGCUAGGGUGAUUAGAAUCAAAAAUUAUCUUUUUUCUGUAGAAGUAAAUAAUGACGUUUUUGGCUUUAGACCAGUUGAGUCUAAUUAACAAUAAUUCUACGGUGAUGGUUAAUUAAAUCAAAGUUAUUCCAAAUUUCUUAUCAACCAGGUAACAUCAAAAUCAUUUCUAUAAAAUGUGUUUUUUAUGUUGUUCUAACUUUCUUUGGAAAAAAAUGCAGCUAGUAUUUAACGUUAUGAAUUUCACUAUAUUUUUUUAAGCAACUUACAGACUGUCAUUAAGUUAAAACCGUUUUUAGAUUAUAUGCUAAAAAUUAUAAUUAUGAUUAUGGUAUUAGGAAAAAAUUAUUUUAUUUGUUUUUUUGGGAUGAUUAAGGUCAGAAGGUUUUUAUUUGUCUUAUGGGUCAGCUCUAUAUUCAUAUUAAUAUAUUAAUAUUGUAAUUGGAUACUAAAUAUACAUAAUAUUAGGUAAGAGUAGUGAAAAAUAAAAUGAUUGUUGUUUUUCCUUAAUUUAGACCAAAUCCGCAAACAUAUUUCCUUAUAUUACAUACUUAUAUAUGGUUAAGCUUUAACAGCAUAGUGUUAAGAAAUUAGAAAAUGUGUUGUCAAUAAUUGCAAGUGGAUUAGAUCUGGCGUAAAUCCAAAUUUAAUACAAAUUGUCAAUGAAACUCCCAUUUCUUCCCCCCAAAAAAAUAAGCGUUCAGAUUAUUUUACCAGAAGGAAUAGAAAAAACAAAAUCUGAAAAUAUUUUCAAAUGUAAUUGAGAUUACUUCUUUACCGAAUUCAAACUUAUGAUGUUUGUAAAUACUAUUUAGAUAAAGAAGAAACUAAAGUUAAGAUAGCUAAGUUUAAAGAUAAUCGGCCUGGAUCCAUUUGUAAAGUUUUAUUUUUUUUUAUUGUUUAAAAAUCACUUAUUAUAACAUUAAAUUGUGUCAUAAAUAUAUGUAUUUCUAUAAAUAUUACAUAAAAAUGUUUUCUAAAAGUUCUUUUUAAAAAUAAAAUAUGCUUUUUGACUCUAUUCACCUAUUAGAAGUUUAAAUGGAUUCUACUUCAAUAUUAAUAUACUGAUUUUAUACACCCAGUAAAGGGGCAGAUAGAGUAAUAACUUAAACAAAGAAUUUAAACAAAUUCGAAUGGUAUAAAUAUAUUACGCAUAACUUAAAUUAUUACAACUUUUGUUAAAGUUUUUAUUGUAACUAAAAAUUCAUGAAGUUAUGGCCAAAAUACAUCUAAAAUUGAUGUGAGUGAUCCCGUUUUACAGUACCAUUGUUUAUGAUGUAUACAACUGUUAUUUAUAUAGAGAUAUAUCAAUAAAACUUAUUGUAUACUUAAAAAUUAAAGAACCAAGAGUCAAUAGUACGAUGAAAUUGUUAGACAAUAGAGGAGAUUGAAAAAGGUGAAUCAGCAAUAGACCUUAAUGGCCUUUGAAAGCUAAAGAUAGAUAGAUUUAUAUAUAUUUUUAAAAAAAAAGAAAAGUUUUCUAGCUUUAUAACUAAAAUUCUACCUAUUUUUUCAUUCAUAAAUACCCAUAAACUUAGAUUUAUCUAAAUUUUAGGUACAUAGGAUAUUUUUGUUAUAGGAUAAAAAUGUUCUUGUUUUUUGUAACUGAAAAAGUGUUAUUUAUUUAUUAAAAUAUUAUUACCUACUUAUUAACCAAGUAUUUUAAAUUAAAGAAUUAAUCAAAUUACUAAAAUAAAUAAUGUGUUGUAUAGGCGUAUAAAUAAAAUAUUGUGUUUCGGUAUUUUUCUAUUCUAGUUUAAUUUGUUUUUAUUGUUUAACAUUGAUUAUAAAUAAACAGUUAAAUAAAUAAUAACAAAUAUUUUAUCAAAACAUAAGUUAAUUCAUAAUUAAUAACUAUUGUAAUCAAAUUAUUGGAUUGGUAGUUUGAUUAUUUCAUUAAUAAUCAUGUUGUUUAUAUUUGGUUAUCAUUAAGUAAUGUAAUUUGUAAUCAAUAAUUUUAAACGACUAUUAACCAAGUUAAUUUUACUUUUUUAUUGAAUGUUUUAGAUAAUGGCAACUCAAAUGGAAAUUGAUGAUGAUGUAGUUGAUUUAAGUAUAUCAAGGUAAAUAAAAUAUAUAAUUUUUUUCUUAUUUUCUAUUAUGCCUACAUAAUAAUUUAAUAUUUUAGUCGCACAAGUCAACCAUUAAGCGAUGAGCCACUUUCAUUAAAGUGUCCUCAGCCAGAUGAUGUUCAUAGUCAUAUGAAUGGACAUUUGGUUAAUGGUUGUUCAACUACUAGUGGAAAUGAUUCUUCAGAAGAUAGUGAUGAUGAUAUGCCUCUUGAACUUCCUCCAUCUCCGAAGGUAUAAAUAUUGUGAACUAUUUCAUUUUUUUAUUUUACUAAAUAAUACAUAUUUUUUAUAACUAUUAGGACUUACCAGCUCCUGAAGAGUUAUUUGAAAGGGAGAACCUCAUUAGAGUUUUAAAGGAGAAUCUCCGAACUGAAGAAAUGACUUUGGUGUUGUUAAAGAAAUUGCAACAAUCACAACAAAUUAACCAAAUUCCACCCAGUGUUACCAUAACCCCUCAGGCAGCUCAUACUAAAGAUCAUUCUAACCAAUUAUCAUCUCAAUUGCCUACUGGGAAGUCAGCUCAACCACCAAUGCCCAAUGUACCUCAUCAUGUAAAACCACCACCGCCUGCAUUAAAUCGUCUGGUAAAUUCAAAACUUACAUUAUUUUAUUGUAUGUACCUAUUGUAUUAAUUAACAUUGUCUUUUAUAGCCUUCAUCGUCGAGGUCUAAUGUUCAUCAAUCUCACCAUUCUAUGCCUUCGAAUCCAUUAAUUGGUUCUAGUAGAUUACCUCCUUCCAACGGUGUAACAAAUUUGCAGAGGACAUCUAAUGGUCGAUCAUCGAGUUCUGCUCAUUCAUCUCCAACUAUUACACUUGAACGAGUAAUGAAAGAUCAUCAUUCAUCUAAUAGCUCUCAAUCGGUAUAAAUAUAUAGCAAUUCAUUAAUAAAAGCCCAGAUUUAAAUAUUCUAAAACUAUUGAAAAUAUAAAAUAAAAUAUAUUUUAAUACUAUUUUUAGGAACGAUUGAGAAAUGAUGAUGGUCAAACACCCGCUCAAAGACAAGCUGCAGCUAAAUUAGCUCUUAGAAAACAGUUGGAGAAAACAUUAUUACAGGCAAUUAAUUUAAUUUUAAUUAAUUUGUUAUAUUAUAAAAUUUAUAUUUUAUUAAUCAAAUUAGAUUCCACCACCAAAACCUCCACCACCUGAAAUGCAUUUUAUUCCAAAUCCAUCAAAUACUGAAUUCAUUUAUUUACUUGGAUUGGAGCAUGUUGUUGAUUUUAUAACAAACGGUGAAAUGAUUGAAGCCAGUGUACAUAAAGAACCAUACAAGUGUUCUCAGUGUGAAUCAAAUUUCACACCUGUUUGGAAAUUGGAAAAACCAUCUAGAAGUAUGUUUAAAAAAUAAUUAUUAAAUUUUAAAUAGUGUAUACAAUACAGUUGUUUUUUACAGGUAAAGAAUCUAAAAUCAUAUGUGAACUAUGUGUAACCAGUAAUGUAAAGAAAUCACUCAAAGCAGAACACACAAAUCGACUGAAGACUGCAUUUGUCAAAGCUCUUCAACAGGAGCAAGAAAUUGAACAAAGGCUUGCCCAAGGAUCACCACCAUCAUCUGUAUCGCCAGCACCAGCACAUCCAAUUCAAAUUAACCCUCCAAUGCCGUCCCUGCCUAAACCAGCACCUGCACCUAAACGUAAUCCCACACCUCCACAACCGCACAAAAUGCAUCCAUCGGAUCACACGAGUGGUAAAUUUAAUGCUGCAGCUGCAGCUCACCUUGCUCUUCAACAGCAAAUGCUCAGAGGAUUGUCUCCCCAUCCUGCUGCUGCCAUGUUACAGUUUGCACCACUUCUUUAUCCGUACCAACUGGCCAUGGCACAAGCUAGUGGAAAGAAUUCUGCGGCUGCAGUAGCUGCGAACUUGGCUGAACUACAAAGGCAAGCAGUAGAUUUGCAACGACAGUAUUUAAUGGAGAUGAUGCCCCAACAAGGCCAAUCACGGUCUUCAUCGCAAACACCGACAUCUGCACACAAUUGGAAAUCAUGAUCAUAAUAAUAUUAGCAUACAAAAUUGUGUAUUCUGCUAAUUAUUCAUUGAUGUACAACUAUUAAUUUAAUAUUUUUUUCUUUUUUACUCUCACUUUGAAAGUCUGUGCAUAUAGUAUGUGUUUUGUACUAAUUGUGUUUAUGUGCAUUUUUUUUUGUUUGUGAGUGGUUCUUUAAAACCCUGGUGAUAAGUGAAUAUCAAUCAAUGCAUUCCAACUUUGCACAUGUAUCAAUAUUCGGAUGUAGUGCUGCAUAAAAGUUGUUAUUUUGUGCAAGACUAUAAUAAAGUCCAUUGCCUAGUUAUAGUAGUUUAUGUGUUUCAUUAUGCUACAUCACCUCUGCUAAUGUGUUGCAUGAUUCUACCUACGAAAAGACCCAAAAAAAGAAUUAAUAUUUGACCAGCUGUGGUCUAUUAUUACAUCAUUACUGGACUUUACUUCAUUAUUAUUAUUUUUAUAUUUUAGUUUUAUUAUUAUUAUUAUUAUUAUGUUUUGGAAAUUCAUAUUUGUUUCUAAAUAAAUGUGUUUAAAACUGUACAAAAUCACCUUGUAGCAAACCUAUUGUUGACAUUGUUCAUUUAUUUUGUAAAUAGUUAACAUUAUAAAAAUUAAUGAAUUAUACAGUUUGUGGUUAAAAAAAUAACAUUUGUAUAAGAGCCAUGUUAUUGGAGUUGCGCUGGACCCAAAAUAAUUGGUUUUAUUUUAUUUUUUUUACAAUGGAACCAUGUUAUUUUUUUAUGUAUGAAAAAUUGAAUGUAUUUUUACCUGUAAUAAAUUUGUUGUAUGUUUUUUUUUAGUCAAUUCUGUUCCCAUUUUGAUGUUUACCUGGAUAUUGUAUAUAAUAAACCAAUAAACUAGUUGUGCAAAUUAAGUUUUAUA